AUGGAAUUUAAUAUUGAAAUUAAGCAAGAGUCUGUUGAAUCUGACGAAAGAGAUAUACAUAGGCAACUAUCCACAUCAACAGAUCUUGAGCAAUUGAAGAAUGAACUAGAAAAUAACUCAGCUGUUUCAGUAAAAACUGGCAUUAAGGAAGAGUUUGUUGAAGGUGACCCAACAUAUCUAGAGAAUCAGUUAUCUACAUCACUUGAUCUGGGAGAAAUGAAGAAUGAAUCAGAUGAGUAUAACUCUGCUACGCUCAAGAAUUCAUCACAGAAAAAAGAGGUUACCCAACAACUAAACCUUGAUCUGAUAACUACACUGAGUGAAAAACUGACAAAUAAAUCAGAUACCGAUAAAAGUAAAUUAGAAAAAAAGAGUUCGGAAAAGAAAAAUAUUGUAGACCAUAAAGAAGUACAAAGAGGACUGGAAAAGAACAAAAACGAAGAUAGACACGAAAAAGGAAAAAAGCCAAAAUCCAGACACAACUCUACUUCAGGUACCAAAGAGAGAGUUAAUACUCGGCAGCAAAGCAGUAAGUACUAG